CCCCCAGAGGCAGCUGUGGUCCGCGGCAGGCCACUGCGCCCUCCGCCCUCCGCGGGGACGGAGGCUAGAAGAAGCCAGGUGGCGGGUGGAGCUGGGACCCAAGGGGCGUUGCCAAGAGGCCAGCCCCGCCCCGCCCCGCCUGCGGCUCCCUGGGGCUCGGUGCUCCUGAAGAGCUGGACAGACAGGCGGACAGUGGCGGCCACGCUUUCCUCGCAGCCGCUGCAGCGGCCGCUGGCCGCGCAUGGAGGCCUGAUCCUGCAGCGCAGGCGGCACUGCGGAGCCGAGGGAGUCAGAGGCGCCGGACUCCUGCAGGUGAGCGUGAUUUCCCAGCGGCUUCUCUGUGCCACCAGAGAACAAGAUUCUUCUCCUCUUUUUGGCCACUAAAUGCCUCUGUGCACCACACAUUCCAGUGGGGGAAGAAGGGCGGAGCUUCAUGGAUGACGAUGGACAUUCCGCUGGCCAGGAUGAGGGCAGACUGCGAGACAUCAUCACCACAAGGGUGCAGCGUGAACCUCCUCGUCUUCCUUCCCAGCCAGCUCUCCGCCUCCUGCGUCCACCAUGGUGUUUGGUGAGUUUUUCCAUCGCCCUGGACAAGACGAGGAACUCGUCAACUUGAACGUGGGGGGCUUUAAGCAGUCCGUCGACCAAAGCACCCUCCUGCGGUUCCCACACACCAGGCUCGGCAAGCUGCUCACCUGCCACUCGGAAGAGGCCAUCCUGGAGCUGUGUGAUGACUACAGUGUGGCCGACAAAGAGUACUACUUUGACCGGAACCCCUCCCUGUUCAGAUACGUGUUGAAUUUUUACUACACGGGGAAGCUGCACGUCAUGGAGGAGCUGUGCGUGUUCUCGUUCUGCCAGGAGAUCGAGUACUGGGGCAUCAACGAGCUCUUCCUCGACUCCUGCUGCAGCAAUCGCUACCAGGAACGCAAGGAUGAGAACCACGAGAAGGACUGGGACCAGAAAAGCAACGACGUGAGCACCGACUCCUCCUUCGAAGAGUCCUCUCUGUUCGAGAAGGAGCUGGAGAAGUUUGACACUCUGCGGUUCGGUCAGCUCCGGAAGAAGAUCUGGAUUCGGAUGGAAAACCCGGCCUACUGCCUCUCCGCCAAGCUCAUCGCCAUCUCCUCCCUGAGCGUGGUGCUGGCCUCCAUCGUGGCCAUGUGUGUCCACAGCAUGUCGGAGUUCCAGAACAAGGACGGGGAGGUGGAUGACCCCGUGCUGGAGGGGGUGGAGAUCGUGUGCAUUGCUUGGUUCACCGGUGAGCUUGCCAUCCGCCUGGUGGCCGCUCCCUGUCAAAAGAAAUUCUGGAAAAACCCCCUGAACAUAAUCGACUUCGUCUCCAUUAUUCCCUUCUAUGCCACGUUGGCUGUAGACACCAAGGAGGACGAGAGUGAGGACAUCGAGAACAUGGGCAAGGUGGUGCAGAUCCUCCGGCUGAUGAGGAUUUUCCGGAUUCUCAAGCUUGCCCGGCACUCAGUCGGACUUCGGUCCCUGGGUGCCACACUGAGGCACAGCUACCAUGAAGUUGGGCUGCUGCUUCUCUUCCUGUCUGUGGGCAUCUCCAUCUUUUCUGUGCUCAUCUACUCGGUGGAGAAAGAUGACCACACGUCCAGCCUCACCAGCAUCCCCAUCUGCUGGUGGUGGGCCACCAUCAGCAUGACAACUGUGGGCUAUGGAGACACCCACCCGGUCACCUUGGCUGGGAAGCUCAUCGCCAGCACAUGCAUCAUCUGUGGCAUCUUGGUGGUGGCCCUUCCCAUCACCAUUAUCUUCAACAAGUUCUCCAAGUACUACCAGAAGCAGAAGGACAUCGAUGUGGACCAGGGCGGCGAGGAGCCCCCAGAGAAGUGUCACGAACUACCUUACUUUAACAUUAGGGAUAUCUAUGCACAGCGGAUGCACGCCUUCAUUACCAGCCUGUCUUCCGUGGGCAUUGUGAUGGGCGAUCCCGACUCCACGGACGCCUCAAGCAUCGAAGACAACGAGGACGUUUAUGACACGGCCUCCUUGGAGAACUGCACAGCCAAGUGAGCAGGGGUGUUCACGCCCGCAUCCUGUGUCCCUCCCCGAUGACAGGUUGACACAGCUUUAUAAACCUCCAGGGGUUCGUUAACAUCAUUUAAUUCUCAGGGUGUACCUUUCAGCCAUAGUUGGACAUUCAUUGCUCCGAGAUGAUAGAAUUCUCUUUAUUUUUCUCAGUGAAGUGAACUAAAUGCCUAGUUCUGAAAUUUAUUUUUACAAGAAGGAGUUGUGAUAUGAUUUUGGAAAAAAAAAAGAAGAGAAAUGGUAUUGGGUGGGGUGUGCCGCUGCGGUUUCUGUAUCAUUCCGUGUUUGUCAUUUACUCACGCCGAGCUGUCAAUCGCUGACAAGUAGAAUCCAAGGCCCAGCUGACUGAAGGCUACAUGCAUGUAAGAUCCACAACAUGAGACAGUGCAUGUAAAUCCAUGUUCAUGUUCUAGACAUGGAAACUAGGAGCCUAAUAAACUGCCUAAUUCAGUACGGAGAA